AUGAUCAAGUCCGUCCUUGCCUCUAUCCCCACCUACUCCAUGUCAUGCUUCAAGCUAUCUACAGGGUUGUGUAAACGCAUUCAAUCAGCCUUGACUAGGUUUUGGUGGGACACAAAGCCUGGAAAGCGAAAAAUGUGCUGGCUUGCUUGGGGAAAACUUACCAGACCAAAAAACCAGGGAGGACUAGGCUUCCAAGAGAUACAAAGCUUCAAUAACUCUCUCCUAGCGAAGCUGAGCUGGAGAAUCCUCACCAAACCCGACUGUCUCCUAAGCAGAAUCCUAAAAGGAAAGUAUUGCCGAGACACUGACUUCCUCAACGUUCCAAUUACCUCCUCCACUUCACAUGGCUGGCGAGGCAUUUUAAUUGGCCGAGACCUUCUGAAGACUAACUUGGGGAAAGUCAUUGGCGAUGGCAAGGAUACGUCACUGUGGAACGACCCCUGGCUCUCCCUGGAACACCCUACCCGUCCCACAGGACCACCAAACCUACACGACAAAGAUCUCAGAGUCUCAGCAAUCAUCAGAGAACAAACCGGAGAAUGGAACCAAGAGGAGAUCCAAAAAAUAUUACCCCACCAAAGCCAUCUCAUCCGACCAAUCAGGCCAAGUAAGAAAGGAGCACCCGAUGCCUAUAUCUGGCUACCUACAAAGACCGGAGUCUAUUCAGUUAAAACGGGCUACUAUGCAGCAAUGCUUCAACAAGAAGAAUAG